AUGGUCCUCCGUCCCACAGGCCCCAGUUCCCAAUGGUCCUCCGUCCCACAGGCCCCAGUCUUCAUGGUCCCUCAGUCCCAUAGGCCCCAGCUCAAUGGUCCCGUCCCACAGGCCCCAGUCUUAAUGGUCCUCCGUCCCAACAGGCCCCAGUCUACGUGGUCCCCAGUCCCAAAGGCCCCAGUCUCUAAUGGUCCUCAGUCCCAAGAGGCCCCAGUCUUCAUGGCCUCAGUCCCACAGGCCCCAGUCUUCAUGGUCCUCAGUCCCAUAGGCCCCAGCCCCAGCCUCAUGGUCCCCAGUCCCAAGAGGCCCCAGUCUCAUGGUCCUCAGUCCCAACAGGCCCCAGUCCUCAUGGCCUCCUCCGUCCCACAGGCCCCAGUCUUCAUGGCCCUCAGUCCCAAGAGGCCCCAGUCUUAA